AUGUGCCCGACGCCGAGCUCCCAGUGUAAAGCUGUGGUCACCUGUAAUCAAGGUGUGAGGGGCGGGCAACUCAUCGACCUGAAAGCCACAGUGGACGCAGCAGUGAAGAGUUGUCCAACGGUCCAACACGUGUUCGUGGCCCACAGGACCGAAAACCCUGUUGAGAUGGGACCGCUGGACGUCCACCUGGAGGAGUGUCCUCUCAGGCCUCCGUCUGUCCUCCGGAGCCUCUGGACAGUGAGGACUUCCUGUUCCUGCUCUACACUUCAGGAAGUACAGGGAGACGGCCUGCGUGUGCACGAGGCCUUUAGCUACCUGCUGCUCAAGUACGACGAGAGCUUCGUGAAGCAGUACGACCGCUCGUCUCUCAGGACGCUGGGCUCAGUGGGAGAGCCCAUUAACCGCGAGGCCUGGCACUGGUUCCACCAGGUGGUUGGAGACGGACGCUGCCCUCUAGUGGACACCUGGUGGCAGACAGAGACCGGCGGCGUGUGCAUCGCCCCGCGGCCGGCAGAGGACGGAGCCGCCAUCAUCCCCGCGAUGGCCAUGAGGCCGUUCUUUGGGAUCCAGCCCGAGCUCCUGGGAGAGAAAUCCCCUCCAGACUGGCCGGCAAGCUGAUUGAGCUGGGACUGAACACCCCCCUGUGUGCUUGGAUCCUGGACUUCCUGACCGCCAGGCCACAGGUGGUCAGGGUGGGCAGACACACCUCCAACCCUCACCCUGAACACAGG